AUGGGAGACGCAGGUCCACCUCAGUACUAUGAAAACACUCUGAUCCCUCUCCCCAUCAAUUCGGAAACACUGGUUGAGUCUUUCCGGGAGUUACGCGAUGCUGUUUAUAUCGGUUCCGAGUUGGUUCACGUCAACGAGACGCUGCCGGAGAAAUGGUCUGUUGGGGGCAUGUUUAAACAUUUUCCAGGUGUCGCCCUUGCAUUCCUGCGCCUUGACUACCAAUCUUCCGUACUAGCAAAUGCUGGUAAGCCUUCGCCAGAUUAUCGCGGCUUCGCCUUGCAACGGAUCCCGUCAGGUUUCCCCGAUUGUCCUCUCCGGCCGUCUCGCCUAUCCCCAGCUGGAUCUUUCUCUCCCAUAGCUGCUGCUACAUUGCAUAUUCUGUCCAAGGUGGCACAGGCCAACUGGCAGUCUGAUUCCAAGCCCAGCUUGGCUCAGGAGGAUAUCGACUUUCUAUUCGAUGCCGCAAAUCUAGCACUGCAAAAUGAGCACCUUGUUCCCCAUGACGAUCGAAAGAUGGGAGGAGACGAGAUGUUGUACGGCCGAGCAGGCCUACUCUGGGUCCUACUAAACAUUCGAACUCAUGAAUUUGAUGAGGGUACUCGGAAAGCUCUUUCCCCGGUUCUCGAUACUAUUCCUCGUUUGGUUGAUGUAAUCAUCGAUGCCGGUCGGCAAGGUGCGAAGGAAUAUAUUCAAGAGCAUGGAGAGACGGAUGCGCAUCCAUUGAUGUACCCUUGGAUGGAAGGCCGCUAUUGCUUUGGAGCGGCUCAUGGAAUUACUGGCAUAUUGACUAUACUUCUUUCAUCCAAGCCCGAAGAGCUCGAAAGGCACCUGAGCAUAAUUGGGUCCACCAUCACAGCGCUCUGCAAGCUCAGCAAUGCCACGAACGGACAUCUUCCAAUGGCACUUCCUCCAAUGAGCUUUGGCCAAACAUCUGAAUUUGUUCAGCUCUGCCACGGCAGCCCCGGGAUUCUUAUUUUACUCUCUGCAGCCUUGAAAAAUGGCCCACUUACUCGGGACCAUUGGUGCCCAGAUUGGGACCAGACCAUCUACCUGGCCACACAGCGUAUUUGGGAAGAGGGCAUCCUAUCCAAGGGAGGCAGUCUAUGCCACGGCAUUUCUGGAAAUGCAUGGCCGUGGCUGAUGUUGCAUGACGCUUUUGACUAUCAUUCAAGCGAUAUCAACGAAGCCAGAUCCACAUAUAUCCAACGAACUGGAAUCUCGUCUCUACCCCCAGAUUUCAGCGAAAAGCUCACACCAGACUUCUUCCUCUCCAAAGCUCUCGCUUUCAUGCUCCAUUCUCGUGAAACUCGUCCGUACAACACUGCAUCCACAAAUUCGGACAAGGAGUACCGAAUGCCUGACGACCCUUACUCCUUGUAUGAGGGUCUUGCGGGCAAUAUAUGCGCGUGGGCUGAAACUUGUGCUGUGCUCCAGGCGAAACUUCGCAAGAUUGAACUGAGCGCAAAGGGUGUUCCUUAUGAAGAUGAUAGUGUUUUCCAGCAAGCCAUGAAUAGUCAGUUGGGAUUUCCCCUUAUUGGUGGGAAUGGGGCUGUCGGUAUUCUUUGA